CCGUUAACGACUUCGAGUAGCUUGAUUGUACAUCACAUAUCCAGAAUUUGUUGAUCAAGAGUAAGAACAUUAUUAUAUUUUAUACAUUUGAGAGUGACAAGUUGCGAAAAAGUCUACAACGUCGUUACAAUGCCAGGUUUUGUACGUGAGCAGAGCCGUGGGAUGGUAACGGGGUGCACCAACGGAGAUGCCCGGGUAGCUCGGGCGGUCAACGAAGCGAUGAUGCGGGGGCUAGCUGCGGGGGAUCAGGCCAACCUUACAGCUUUGCUUACUGAACACUUCGGGCAAGACAGCGACGAGGGAAUUCCUGAUAAUGACGAGGACAUGUUAUACGAUGAGACUGACGACGAAAUGGACAUUGGAGAAGAGGGAGAGGAGGAUAUGGAACUGGAUGAAGGUGAAGAUGAUGAUUUUCAGCUUGUUGUCCCUAAUUUGGCUGGAGAAGUGUUGGAAAGAGUUGGGACUGACGAUUGGUCUUCGGAAGCAAACGAUGAAGAACUUCUUCGUGUAGAGAACUUUGAAAAGUGCACCUGCAAGUCAAGAGCAUCAUCGUGCAUCACGCAGUUUGAUCCCACUUUUGUUCUGCGACUGAGAGCGCAAAUGAUGGACGGAGCGUUGAAAACUGAAGAAAGGAAAAUGUUUAUCAUGGGGCGAGUGAGCGCGACAAUCCAGUGCGGUAAGACAACCCAAUGCUCUAAGAGAGCCGGACAAAAGGAUAGACAGAGGGCAAGAGUCAGCUACAUGGUAGAGGGGAAGCGUGUGUGCAGGGAGACCUUCAUGUUUCUACACAGUGUUGGUGACACCCAGCUUCGGAAUAUCACCAAAAGCUAUCUACAGAAAGGGGUCGUCUCUCCAUCUAAGGCAUCAGGUGGCAUCAAGGCGAACAAAGCAGCUCUUACCAGCGAUGACAUCAACAGAGUUGUGACGUUUAUCACAAACUUCGCAGACACCCAAGGCCUCGUCAUUCCAGGGCGCAUCAGUGGCAUCAAGAGCUCCGAUCCCCGUAUAAGACUUCUCCCGACCAAUCAGACGAAGGCGUCUGUCUGGAGGUGCUAUGAGACGGAACUUGCCUCCAAGAAUGAUCAGCGUGUGGCAAAAGGACUUCCUCCUCAUAGAAGUGCAAAGCAGACAACAUUUCUUAAUGUUUGGAGGAGAUACUGCCCCUUUGUGAUCACAUCUCGCCCCAAAACUGACCUGUGCUGGCAGUGCCAGAAGAACAACUCUGCAGUGUACCAGAGCGCCAACCUAACUGAGGAAGACAAGCUCGGCCGUAUCCAGACCCAGACAGAACACCUUGCCCAUGUUGCUGUUGAGAGGAACCUAUACCGGGACAUGGUUCUUGACUCCCAAGCUGCCGUCAAGGAAGGGAGAGAUGGGGAGGAAAUGCACUACUCCUUUGACUAUGCUCAACAGAUGCAUUUUCCCACCGAUCCUGAUCAGCCUGGCCCCAUGUAUUUCCUAUGCCCAAGGAAAUGCGGUUUGUUUGGAGUGACAUGUGAUGGUACAAACAAGCAAGUUAACUACCUCAUCGAUGAAGGGAUGACUUCAAGCAAAGGUUCCAACUCUGUAAUAAGUUAUCUUCACGACUACUUUGAUCAGUUUGGGAGGGGUGAGCGAGUGCUGCAGUUGCACUGUGAUAACUGUGGAGGACAGAACAAGAACAAAUUUCUCAUGUGGUAUCUCGCCUGGAGAACUCUGUGUGGUUUGCACGACGAGAUUGGUGUUCAUUUCAUGGUAUCCGGACACACAAAGUUUUCACCCGAUCGUGCAUUUGGCCUUGUGAAACACCGAUACAAGAGGACCUUCGUCAGCAGCCUGCAGGACAUCAGUGACGUUGUAGAGGAGAGCUCUGUGAACGGACACAACAUUCCUCGACUUGUGGGACUGGAGGAUGGUACAGUUACCGUACCAAGCUACGACUGGCAGAGCUUUCUUGCACCGUUCUUCUUCCCUUUCGUUGGCAUCAAGAAGUACCAUCACAUCAGGUUUCACCGUGACCACCCUGGUGUAGCUUUUGUAAAGGUGCAGCCUUCCGAUGAGGAAAAGAGGAUCCAGCUUCUUCGUUCACCAACCAACCAACCACCGCGCGAGCUGCCUGAACCAGUAUCACCUCCCGGACUGACAAGAGCACGAGCUACUUACCUGCACAGAACUAUUCGAGAGUUCUGUACAGCAUCUACCCGCGACAUCGUCUGUCCCGCUCCAGAGCAAGAUGCUGAGACUGAGAGUGAUGGUGAUUCUUCAUCUCCGGAGAAUUAAUUUUUGUUAGCUGUUACGAGAGCUGAAUUGUGUUUUGUUUUGUUUGUGCACACUGUUCAAUACAUACAUUCAAUCGCUUUGAGAUGGACUUGCAAAUCUAAAUUCAGUUCAUUAUAAAACUUUUCCAUUGAAGGUAAUGUCUGUACUUGUGAUGAAAAAUAUUGAUCUAUUUGUGGGAUACAAUGCUUAAAAUACAUGGAUGCUUAGGGUCACGUGCACUGUCUUUAUGUGUAAGUUGAAAAGAGCCCCUGGACAUUUGACCAAUAUUUUAUGGGAGUUGGUGGAAUAUUAAUUGACAUCUCGUUGAUAGUUGUUUAAUAUACAUAACUGUGCAAUGCUAGACCACUCUCAUGUCUGCUUUAUUAUAAUUAGCAAUAUUUGUGUAUCUUUGCAAUAAACACAGUAAUUUAUUUAUAAACAUAUUUUCCAGGUCUGGUACCAGUAUGAAAUAUUAUUCUGAGGUGAAUUGUUUAGUUUUCACUUAGUAGGAUGCACUUAUUUUUUAUUGAUAUCGAUAAUGUUAUGCAUAUCUGUUUAUUCUUUUGAAGUUGUUUCAGAUAAAUGUACUAGUGCACGGUCAUUUUCAGGAUUUGACUUGGGAAAUAUUUCCAUGGAAUGAUUAAAACAAUAAUAUUUUGAAUGAA